AUGACGCAAGCAGCGCCGCAGCCGCAGGCCGCACCUGCUGCGCUCGCCCGCUUCCGGCCUCUGCCGCCGCCGCCGCCGCCGCCGCCGCUGCACCGGGACAGACAGCGCAGGGACAACAGCCGCAGCUGCGUCACGCGACCGACGCGUGCCCCGUUUCCACCGUCCGUGCCGCUAAUGCAUUUCGGCGCACUCUCUCCCUCCCCUGCGCAAGGUCGCGGCGCGCCGCGGCGACCUGCGUGGACGCCCGUCCGACUGCCGCCGCCGCCGCCGCCGCCGCCGCCGCCGCCCCCGCCGGUAACGAAGGCGGAAUUUCAUCCGACGCACCGGCUGCCGGAAUUUCCGGAAUACUUGCGAUUCGGGAAGUCCUCGGCCCUCAGCAGCUGCUCUGUUCCAGGUAAACCGACGGCGUUACCUCGCUGUUAUAGAAGUAAUGGAGCGGCGAGCACAAGCUACAGGUGUAAUUUCAGCAUGGAUGGAAUACGUUUUGCUCCUGGCUAUAGUGUAGAACAAGCUAUGGAAGACUUAUUUCGUAGCAGUAGUGAUUCAGAAGGUAGUGACGGCGAAGAUGAUGGAACAGAGACACAGGUAGACCAAAGUGAUGAAAUUUGUUUACAUGAAUUAGAAGAAAAUGGUAUUCUUGCUGAAAAUGAUGACAGUGGAGAAGAUGAAAGUGCAGUACUGGUUGAUGAAAAACUUUGA